AUGUUGUCGACGAUGACGAUGCGCGUGGGAGCGAGUCGCAAAUGGGUUCAGAGUGCCGAGGUGGCUCGAUCUUGUGCGUGUUUUGCCCUUGUGUCGCUCGUGGUCCUGGCCGUGGCCGUGGUCGUGGCCGUGGUCGUGGUCGUGGUCGUGGUCGUGGUCGUGGUCGUAUUGUCGCGUUGGCCGCCCCCACCGAUCGAGGUGGUGUGAGCCCCUGAGCUCUGAUGCGGUGGCGGGCGGCGGGCGGCGGGCGGCAUCAUCAUACUCAGCUCACCACCAGAAGCUAACCCCUCCUGCUCUACCCUCUCACAGUCCACACCACCCUCCCCGCACGCGCCAUCACCGAACUGCUGAUGCCGGCCAUGUCACCGACCAUGACCGAAGGCGGCGUCACCGAAUGGAAAGUCAAGCAAGGCGAUAGCUUCAGUGCUGGAGACGUCUUGUUGGAGUUGUCGACCGACAAGGCGACGAUCGAUUGUGAGGCCCAGGAUGAUGGGGUUAUGGGCAAGAUUCUGGUCAGUUUGAGGGAUCGGUCAGCGCCGGAAGAGAGGAUGCUGCACCCCAAACGCGGAUCGGGCCGGCGGAUCGGAGAUGACAGUCCGAGGCGGAAGGGGUGGCAAUGUAGCGUACGCGGUCGUGAAGAAGCAAAUCUAAUUCAGUUUACGUGGUAUUCCCGUCCAGGUCCAAGCAGGUACCUCGGGUGUCCAAGUCGGGUCCUUGAUCGCACUCCUCGCCGAAGAAGGCGACGACAUCUCCAACCUCGAAGCACCCUCCUCCUCUGCCUCCUCUCCCUCUCCACCAACACCACAAGAAUCCCUGCCCCAAUCCGAACCGACCCAAAAAGCUGCCCCGUCUGCCCCCUCCGUCAAAGCGACAUCAACCCCUUCCUCCCCUUCCCCUUCUCCCGAACCUCACCACGUCGUCCCUAAACACUCUCGACCGCUCUUACCCAGCGUUCUGAGACAAUUGGCCCUGGCCGGGAUCGAGGAUGCGUCAGUUAUCAAAGCGACCGGUUUCAAGGGUAUAUUGACCAAGGGAGAUGUGUUGGCGUUCUUGGGAAAGAUUGAUCAUCCGCUUGGGUCGGACAAGGGCAAGGGGAAAAAGAGUGAAGAGGGCAAGCCGGUGAGUUGGGACUGAAUUGUCUGCUACGUAGGGACACGCGACUGAUGAUCCGUCUUGUUCCUCGCUAGGGACCGACCCCCGCCGCACCACCCAAAAAGGAGAUGGACGCCCCGACGCUUCGAAGGCUCAUCGCCGUCGGUCUGCAACUCGACCCUUCCAAAGUCGCCGCCCCACCCUUAAUUCACGAUACACCUCGUGUCAAAACACCUGGUACGGUUCUCCGUACUCCUAAAUUGGGAGAUCAGCGGUUGCGAUUGAGCCCCUUACUGACCCUUUUUCGAAAUCGGACCGAAACCGCAGACUUUGAUUCUGUCCUCGACCAAUACCUCCCCUUGGCCCAACGCUCGACAUCACGAAAGACUGCUGCGCCGGCAACCCCUGCCGCUCCUUUGCCCAAGAAGGAUGCAUUCGAUUCGGUGUUGGGGUUGUAG